ACAAAGACAGCAAACGGCUAAAGAUAGACAUGGAUAGGAGACUCCACUGUGUAACCUUCCUGUGGGAAUUGUUUUUCCCCAGAGGUUUCUCUGACACUGGGGACGGCUAUCCGUGAGCUGCGCUGUUGGACAAAUAGUACUUUAACCCUGCUCCUGAGUAAACACACAGAGAACUGUUCUUGUGCCUUUAUGUCGGGCCCAUGCCUGCUCUUUGCUGUCGUUGUCAGCUCCUGGUGGGGCAGCUCAGAGUUGCCCAAGAUGCGGUUCCUCCUCCGCCUGCUCAUCUUGGCUCUGCUCUGCGGCCUUUCCCUCUUGUGGUGGGGGCAUUUUCUCAGGAGUCACCCUUCCCAGCGAAGAGGUAACGUUUGCCUGUUCAUGGUGAUGCAGGACAGGUGAUCUGGAAGCAGACAUGAAGGAUGAUUUACCUUUGACAUUUGACACCCUCCUCCAUGUUCAACAGCUCAGGAAAAAGACACUGAGGUCCUUCUGCAGCAAAACUGCUAAAGUCACCAAGCUUCCAGCCAGCCAGCAACAAGCAGCUGAGGUGCUUUCAAGGAUCGCAGUGAACACCAAGCUGGAUUUCCUGUAUUGCCAAGUACCAGCAAUUGGGCUGGAAAUCUGGGAAUGGCUUUUGGAGGUGCUAGAGGAGAAAGCAAAUGUGACACUGGAGGUGCCAGUUCGCCAGCCCCAGCAGCAUGGUCUACAGAAGCGACUCAGUGAGUACAAUCUGACAGCAAUGGAGACUAUGCUGAGAUCCUACACCAAAGUGCUGUUCAUCAGGGACCCUUUCCAGAGACUCAUCUCGGCUUACAUGCAGAGAAUGGCGGAUGGCCUAACUUUCAAAGAGUUCAUCCAGAGCAUUUUAAACAGGGGACCCCAGAAUGCCAGCAUGGAGUGGAAGCCACUGGUCAGCCUGUGCCGGCCAUGCCUCAUCCAGUAUGACUACGUGAUGAUGUUUGGCUUCCUCAACAGGGAGGUGCAUCACCUAAUGCGUCGCAUGGGGCUGCCAAUGGAUGUCCACCUGCCCGAGUUCACAGACUCGCAGAUCCGGAGCACUUAUAGCUGGCUAUCAGAGCAGUUACUCAGCGAGCUGUCACUUAAAGAAAGGAAGCAGCUGGCCCACUUCUAUCGCUGGGACUUUGCUGCCUUCCGGUUUUCUAGCAGUUUGCUUUGGGACCUCCCCAGUACUGAAGGGAGCAAGUAAUUAGGAGAACAAUUACAGAGAGUAGCCAUCCAAUGACAGUCCUCAAAUAUGUUAAGGACUGUUAUAAAGAAGGUGGUGAUCAAUUGUUCUCCCUGUCCACUGAAGGUAGGUCAAGAAGUGAUGGGCUUAGUCUGCAGGGAAGGAGAUUUAGGUUAAAUAUUAGGAAAAACUUUCUAAUAAUAAAGGUAGUUAAUGUCUGGAAUAGGCUUCCAAAGGAGGGUGUGGAACCCCCAUCAUUGAAGGUUUUUAAAAACAGGUUGGACAAACACCUGUGAGGGAUGAUCUAUAUUUACUUGGUCCUGACUUAGUGCAGGGGGCUGGACUUAAUGACCUCUCGAGGUCCCUUCCAGCUCUACAUUUCUAUGAUUCUGUUAUUCUAAAAGCAAAUGCUUCACAAUUCAAGCUAAUCACCAGCUGGAGUCAGGAAAAACCCUCCCUCGAUGGUACAGUGCUGUACAGUUGUCCAAGCACACCACGCAGGGCCGCACCUUCCAAAGAUGAGUCUAGUACAGACCACUGUCAGAGACAGGAUACCGAACUAGACUGAUUAUUGCCCUGUGUUUAAAUACUGCAGUGACGGGGGCUCUAGAAAUGCAUAGGACAGACAGAUAGGUGUAUUUUGAUGUAGCUCUUCCUAUGAUUCUCAAUGACUUUUUCCAUGAGAAAGUCCAUUAAGGACAAGACAACUUUGAGAAAAAACAGUAUUUAACAGAGCAGGUUUGCUCUGAGACCACAACAAAGCUCAGGCAGUCACAUCUCCAUCAACAUCAUUCCUUCAGCAAUCUUCUGUGCCCCAGUGGAGCCCUGAAUAUCCCCCCCCCCCCGUUUCAUUUCCCAGAUUCUACCCACCUUUGGGGUUGGAAGUGUCUCCCUUUACAGCCUGUAAUCAUAUCCCCACCAUACACACAUGCCCCAACAAGAAGGGAGCCUGCAAAAUAAGCAAAACAACUUGUUCUACAAGAGAAAAAAUAGAGGCAACAUUUGAACUGUGAGGCCCUCUGUGGGGAAAAUGCUGACCAUGUUUCCAUUCCCGGCAUGUCCUGAAGAAGGCCUUGCACUAACCAUAGCUUUGCUCUAUCUGUUCUACCAUUACCAGUUUCCAUUUUCAUGGGCUCAAAUCCCUGCUGCUGCAUUGGCCAACAGAGCUGGCUGGCCCAGAGAGACAUGCUCCUUAAGGUGGCACAGUGGCUGCUCUCCCUAGGAACUCUGGGAAGCAUUGUGCGUCCUUUCAUGGUUCUGGGCUUAAUGGGCAAAAUCUCAGCGAGUAGGAUCUGUAAGCGCUCACCAUUUCACUUUGCUAAGUUACAGAUAUGUUGUGCAGAUGAACUACAGUUAUUGAUAUAUUACUGUAUAUUCUGUCUUGUCUCAGCCAACUUGACAUGACAUGUUGAGAUGAAUAAAGCAUCAGCGCUUACCUUAAUAAAUGCUUUUCAUAACAACACAGCUAAGUGGUUACUAUAAACCUCUCUCUGCAUAAUGUGCACUUCUUGAUUGAACAUGAAAAGCAAUGGCUCUUAGGGAGAGGCUUUAAAAGAGUGUGACCUCUGUUCAAGAGUCCUGGAGUGCAGGUACCAUAUGGUGCUAGAGCUACAUGGAUAUUUAUGCUCAUUAUUGGCUCUAAGAAGAAGAACUUGUAACAAGUGUGUGGCUGCCCAUAUGAAAACAUGAUCAUCUGCUAAACUACAGCAGUGCAGCGUGGGGAACUUUUUCUGCUUGUGAGGUACUGACCUCAACUGCUUCUGAGGUCAAUGGGAUAUUGUGUAGUUUAAUUAAUAAAUGUGUCAACCACUGAGCAUUUGAAAUGGACAGUGCUAUUGAAGCACAAAACAGUGAGGCAGUGUGGCCCAAUGGAUAGGGCACAGGCCUGGUACUUAGGAGACCUGAUUGCUAUUCCUAGCUCUGCCUCUGACCUGCUGGAUGAUUGUGCUUCAGUUUCUCGUCUGUGAAAUGGGGAUAAUCAUACUGACUCCUUUGUAGAGUGCUUUGAGAUCUAUUGUUGAAAAGUGCUAUAUAUGAGCUUGGUAUUACUAAAAUAUCAUUACAAAUUUGUUAAAAUGUCCAUUAUUAUUGCACUAACUUCUAGAAUAAUGUUUAUAAAUGUUUAUUUUGUGAUAAUGUCCAGUUAAUGCAGAAUUUCAUACACAUUCAUGUGACAAAGGUACCGACAACAACAGUACUAAUUAAAAGUGUUGUUGUGGCUGGGUCAGUCCCAGGGUAUCAGUGCAAAUAUUUGUAAUAAAAAAUGAUAAUGCUUCCUUUGUUGCUUCGGGUACAGUGAAUGUGAUGGGCAAGUGAGCACUGCACACUUUGUAUUCUAUGUUGUAAUAGAAAUCAAUAUAUUUGAAAAUGUAGAAAAACAUCCAAAAAUAUUUAAUACAUUUCAAUUGGUAUACUGUUGUUUAACAGUGUGAUUAAUCAUGAUGAAUUUUUUUAAUUGUGAUUAAUUUUUUUGAGUUAAUCACGAGUUAACUGCAAUUAAUCAACAGCCCUAGUAAAUUUCCUUUUUUUCAGACAGUCUAUAUGACAGCCUGAGACAUACCAGGGUACAGUCCAAACUAAUGUGUGGCUGUGUCACCCCUGCCCUGGAACUUUGGGUGCCUUACAAUGCCUUGCUGACGUAGCUCCCACUUGGGCCACUCGUAAACAGCCUUCCAGCAUGAAAGCCACACCCUGAGUAUCUCUGUGCAACUCCAGCCUGGCAGCCCGCUUGGAUUACACUCUGGUUCUCGCCAGCCUGGGUUAUAUUGCAGGUGACCCCAACACACCCUCAGUCUUAGAUUUCCCCCCAGAAAUAUAUGUCGUGUACUGACCAGCCCUCUCCUGCAAGUUACAUUAAGUCUGUUAUUUCUUUAAAAGGAAUAAUAUGUCAACUUAUUAUUUUAAACAGUUAUUUAGAUACUUCAAUUUAAACACACUGGAUCAGAUAAAACAAUGAAACAAGUUUAUUAACUAUA